UACAUUUUGCACAGGAUUUUAAAAGGUUCUCUUACAAGCACUAUUUUUAACAGCCAAAUCCGCCCCCCAAAACAGAAAGGAAAAAGCCCUAGGUAUUUUUCUGUCAUCGAUCUCAGUUUCUGAUCAGCUGAAGCAUCUCUCACAUCAUUUACCUGAAGCCGGUUUUAUUUUAUGUUUUUAUCGUUCAAGUUGAGAUUUUUUGGAGGUGGUGUGGAUUUUUUGGGAAUGAUUUUUUUUUUUUUUCCUGGCAUGAAAAAAUUUGAGAAUUUAAUUGCAGUAGAACACUUGGAAACAGUGAGGCUGGAAGCUUGAAAGGCAGAGGGAAGAGAAAGAAGGCUCUCACAGCAGAGCAUGGAUAGGAAAGGAGCUGUGAUUCUGCAGUGCUCAGUGUGCACAUGUUUUAUGAGAUCAGUGCCGGGCGCUGCAGCUGCGGACAGUAACUGAGCUGUCUGGCUAAUGAAGGCCACCUGGAUCAGGCUUCUGAAAAGAGCCAAAGGAGGACGUCUGAAGAAUUCUGAUAUCUGUGGUUCGGCGGACUCCUACACCAGCCGUCCAUCUGAUUCAGAUGUAUCUCUGGAAGAAGAUAGGGAAGCAGUACGGAGAGAGGCAGAGCGACAGGCCCAGGCACAGCUUGAAAAAGCAAAGUCAAAACCUGUUGCAUUUGCAGUUCGGACAAAUGUUGGGUACAGCGCAGCUCAUGAUGACGAUGUUCCAGUCCCAGGCAUGGCCAUCUCAUUUGAGGCUAAAGAUUUUCUUCAUGUUAAAGAAAAAUUUAAUAAUGACUGGUGGAUAGGACGAUUGGUAAAAGAAGGCUGUGAAAUAGGAUUCAUACCAAGCCCAGUCAAACUAGAAAACAUGAGGCUGCAGCAUGAACAAAAGGCAAAACAAGGAAAAUUCUACUCCAGUAAAUCAGGAGGAAACUCUUCAUCCAGUUUGGGUGACAUCGUUCCUAGUUCCAGAAAAUCGACGCCUCCAUCAUCUGCUAUAGACAUAGAUGCCACUGGCUUAGAGGCAGAAGAAAAUGAUAUUCCAGCAAACCAUCGCUCCCCCAAACCCAGUGCAAACAGUGUAACAUCACCCCACUCCAAAGAGAAAAGAAUGCCCUUCUUUAAGAAGACAGAGCACAUCCCUCCCUAUGAUGUAGUGCCUUCUAUGCGACCAGUAGUUUUAGUGGGGCCUUCUCUGAAGGGAUAUGAGGUAACAGAUAUGAUGCAAAAAGCAUUAUUUGAUUUUUUAAAACAUAGAUUCGAAGGGCGUAUAUCAAUUACACGAGUCACAGCAGACAUCUCGCUUGCCAAACGCUCAGUAUUAAACAAUCCCAGUAAGCAUGCGAUAAUAGAGCGAUCCAACACACGAUCAAGCUUAGCUGAAGUUCAAAGUGAAAUUGAACGGAUUUUUGAAUUAGCAAGGACACUGCAGUUAGUAGUGCUUGAUGCUGAUACCAUUAACCACCCAGCUCAACUAAGCAAAACCUCUCUGGCUCCCAUUAUAGUAUAUGUAAAGAUUUCUUCUCCUAAAGUUUUACAGAGGUUGAUAAAAUCUCGAGGGAAAUCUCAGGCCAAACACCUUAAUGUUCAGAUGGUGGCAGCUGAUAAACUGGCACAGUGUCCUCCCGAAAUGUUCGAUGUAAUUCUUGAUGAGAACCAGCUUGAAGAUGCUUGUGAGCACCUUGCUGACUAUCUGGAAGCCUACUGGAAGGCUACACAUCCACCUAGCAGCAAUCCUCCUAACCAGCUUCUCACUCGCACACUUGCAACAGCCACUCUUCCUAUUAGCCCAGGUCCAAAUAUUAAUUUACAGCAGGGAUCUCAAGGAGACCAGAGGAAUGACCAUUCGGUCCCUGAACGCAGUGGUUCACAAAUUGAAGAGGAAGCACGGGUUGAACCCAUCAAGAAAUCCCAGCACCGCUCUUCCUCAAGCCAACACCACAACCAUCGCAGUGGUGGUAGAGGCCUUCACAGGCAAGAAACUUUUGACUCAGAAACACAAGACAGCAGAGAUUCAGCUUAUGUAGAGCCAAAGGAGGACUACUCACAUGAGCACGGUGACCACUAUGAUUCUCACAGGGAUCAUAAUCACAGAGACGAGUCCCAUGGGAGCAGUGAUCACAGACACAGAGAAUCGAGGCAUCGCUCCAAGGAGAGGGACCGCGAGCAGGACCACAAUGAAUGCAACAAACAGCGGAGUCGUCAUAAAUCAAGGGACCAAUAUUGUGACAAGGAUGGGGAAGUGAUAUCGAAAAAACGUAAUGAUGCGGGAGAAUGGAACAGGGAUGUUUACAUCCGUCAGUAACUUUUGCCUCUGGCAGUCUUGUGUUUCUUUGAAGUCUUGUAACAAUGCCCCUUGAAAAUAUCUUUGGGUUCUUCAUUGCAGAACAUAUGGUAUCCUUCUGUAUGCUGAUUUGUAUUGCUGUUGCUUGCAUAGCAAUAGCAUGAAAUAGAAUAUUCAUAUACUUAUUUUUUUGGUUAGUGCUAUAUGAAUUAGUGUGGUACAACUGAAGAGUUCCUGAUGUUGUACUAUGACAUUUUUCAAGCUGUUUUUGGUAGCUGCCACUUGAACAAUAUCUGUUGCCAUCAAGGUGUUGUUAGUGUUUUUUUAAAAAAAAGGUACAUUUGAUGUUUAAUAACUUCCCGUGUAUUCAGCAAGCCAGGAUCAGCACAUAAAAGAAUCUAAAACUUUU